GGUGUAUUUGGCGCCUCCUCUCCGCGCGGCCCUAAGUUGAGGCACUGUGGUUGUUCUUCUGGGGUGGUGUGUGAGACUGCCGCGGCUGCCGCAGUUGGCUCGAGUUUCUGAUAGCCUGAAAAAAGGAGGAAUUGUUUCUUAUCGGUCGCCGCCUCAGGGAGGAAGUGAGGGUGGAUUUUCUGCUGAGGGUCACGCUGUGCAUCCACGGGGAAGAGGUGACGUCGGUAGACGUUACAACGACGCAACAGUGUCUCGAAAGCGCCGCAGCCGGGAGGGCGCCUGGGAGAAGCGCGCCUGGGCGCCGCGGGUGAUGCUCGUGGCGACUUCCGCCAGGCCCAGCGGAAACUCGGCCUGAUUUUCACGGGAAAUCUAAGUUCAUUUCAAGGCAUUCGAAAUGGGGAAAGACUAUUAUGGCAUUUUGGGAAUUGAAAAAGGAGCUUCAGAUGAAGAUAUUAAAAAGGCUUACCGAAAACAAGCCCUCAAAUUUCAUCCAGACAAGAACAAAUCUCCUCAGGCAGAGGAAAAAUUUAAAGAGGUCGCAGAAGCUUAUGAAGUAUUGAGUGAUCCUAAAAAGAGAGAAAUAUAUGAUCAAUUUGGGGAGGAAGGGUUGAAAGGAGGAGCAGGCGGUACUGAUGGACAAGGAGGUACCUUCCGGUACACCUUUCAUGGUGAUCCUCAUGCCACGUUUGCAGCAUUUUUCGGAGGUUCCAACCCCUUUGAAAUUUUCUUUGGAAGACGGAUGGCUGGUGGUAGAGAUCCUGAAGAAAUGGAAAUAGAUGGAGAUCCGUUUGGUGCCUUUGGAUUCAGCAUGAAUGGAUAUCCAAGAGACAGGAAUUCUGUAGGGCCAUCCCGCCUCAAACAAGAUCCUCCAGUUAUUCACGAACUUAGAGUAUCGCUUGAAGAAAUAUAUAAUGGUUGUACCAAACGGAUGAAGAUUUCUCGAAAAAGGUUAAACCCUGAUGGAAGGAGUUAUAGAUCUGAGGACAAAAUUCUCACCAUUGAGAUUAAAAAAGGGUGGAAAGAAGGCACCAAAAUUACUUUCCCAAGGGAAGGAGAUGAAACACCAACUAGUAUUCCAGCAGACAUUGUUUUUAUCAUUAAAGAUAAAGAUCACCCAAAAUUUAAAAGAGAUGGAUCAAAUAUAGUUUAUACUGCUAAAAUUAGUUUACGAGAGGCAUUGUGUGGCUGCUCAAUUAAUGUGCCAACAAUGGAUGGAAGAACCAUACCUAUGUCAAUAAAUGAUAUUGUGAAACCUGGAAUGAGGAGAAGAAUUAUUGGAUAUGGGCUGCCGUUUCCAAAAAAUCCUGACCAACGUGGUGACCUUUUAAUAGAAUUUGACGUUUCCUUCCCAGAUGCUAUAUCCUCAUCAUCCAAAGAAGUACUUAGGAAACAUCUUCCUGCCUCCUAGAAUGAAAAACUUUGUUACCCAUAUUUUGAUAAGGCACUGAAAAUAUAAAAGGACUGGCUAUUUACUGUUGUAGAUGUGAAUUCUGUAUAAAGACAUGUAAAUUAUUUUGAGGGUUCAUUAAAUUGCAUGAAUAGAGACGGGUCAAAUAAAUAGGCAAAAGGGAUUUUUACAGUUGGAGAUGAAGAGAAAACCAUUCACUGUAUUUUAUUUCAUUUCUCCCAAAUCAAAAAUUUUUAGUAUUUUGCUUACAUGUAAAAUUUGUUUUUGUGGAGUUAGUAAAUAUAUUUCUAAUAAAGUACUAGACUUAUAUCUUUACGUUAUCAGUAUGAUAGGUUCUCAUUUAUAAUGGAAAUUUAAAUUCUCAACUGAACUACACAUGUGAUAUGUAUUUCUGGAAAAUAAAACCCCAAGUCAUUUGGAAAUGUGGUUAACUAGAUUUAAAUCACCAUCUGAAAUGCUGUUAUAGGGCUGGUAUCCAUAAAAGAAUAUCCUAAUGCAUAUGUUUUACCAUUUUGAUUUUUAAAGUAUUCUGUAGCAUUUCUUAAAAACAUAGCUGUAAAGUUCUUAAGGCAGACCUUUUCUUCAUAAAAAGGAAAUUAAUGGUAAUUUAUCUCCUGUGGAAAUCCCAGUUGCCUGAAUUACUGAUAUUUUAGAAGUAGGCUGUUUUUAAAAUGCCAUAUGUAAUUUUAUGCAAGUUGACUAUAUAUCUUGGACUUAUAAAUUAUAGGCACAUUUUAUUGUCCACUAGUUUAAAAUAAUUUGUUUAAAAUUGUGUUUUUAGAGGAAAUAUUGUUAUGUGGAAUUAAUUUUCCAAUUAAAUAGUCUUCUAUAACUUACUCAUAAUAAUCUAUGUGUACCUUAUGCAAUUUCCCUAAAAAUAAUAAACUACCACUAUGGUGUUAAACCAAAAUACGGGGAAAAUAAACACUAACUGCUGCUUAUGAAUGAUGUUGCUACUACUUGUUAUGCAUAUAAAUAUUUUACUUUUUCAUAUGUAUAGAUUGCAUUUCUUAGGUGUUUUAAUUUUUUAAAUAUAUUUACGUUUAAAAAAUU